GACGUUAACGGUACAACGAGCGGAUAAACGUCUUUUUAGUUCGUAUUUUUUUCCUCCACACUUGUGAUUGAGUGAUUGAAUUGAUGUGGAGUGUAGACGAGAGUGUGUGUGCAGCACGAAGGACUAGCUGUGUGUGCGUUUGUGCGUGUUUUCGUAACCGUUAAGGGUAGCUGCGGCAUUAAAAACAAUCUAACGAAUCCAGUCAAACAAAAUUCUAACGGCAAUUUUCCCCAUGCGGACAGCGAAAACGAAGUGCAGUGUAUUUCUUCUUCGCAUCCAGAAGAACACGGAAUUUUAAUGAAAAAUUAAAGCAAAGCAGACAACGAAAAAUAACGAACGAAGCAAACAAGCAAACGAGCGAGCGAACAAUUUAGAAUUCCCGGUACCUAUUCUAAAGUUGUAAAUGUGAAUGAACACAGGAAUUGAAGUUAAAUUCAAGUAACAAGGGUGGCAUGCUUGCCGCUACAACGCUUUGAGUGAAGUGAAGGUGUGGAGUGAAAAAAUGCAAGGAAAUGAUUUGGGCCAUGAAGCGAUAACGAUAUCCAACCAUAACAAGUUAAUGAAAUGUACAUAAAAUAUGAAUAAAGAUUGGCAAGAUUGCAAGUGAAAUUUUUUGCAAGCAUACUUUAAGGAUGUACAUUAAAGAUAAACGAAUUUUAAAGCAUACUUUAUGGAUUUACAUUAAACUGAAAAUAUGAAUGCAUGUUAAAUCACAGUUUGGAGGCAUUUCUUAAAUAUACCAUUUUUAUUGCAUACCUUCAAGGCGGCACACUUAAGUGUUGUGAUUUGCAGCAUUCUUUAACAACUUAACAAGACCAAUAAAAUGUUUUGAAUUGCCAUUGCCAUAAAAACAAACAAAUAAAAUCGACAAAUGUUAAGACCCUUCAAACCGAAAAUGCCAUACACAAACUUCCUCAACUCAUAAGUUAAGCCGGGAAAUGUGUGUUUUUAUUGUUCUCACCAAAAUAACCAUAAAAAGUGAAAUCUGCAUAAAGGAAAUAAUUGAAAUUUAAACAAAGUCAUAAAACAGCAUAGCUUGAAGGUGUUGAUAAAUAUAUUUUUUAAGAAAAAAAAACAAAAAAUAAAUUGCUUCACAUCAAAUGCUAACAAAACCCACUAGAAUGUAAAAGCAAAAAAAAUAUUCACCUGACAUAGGCAUUAUUACCAAAAUUAUACACAUAAAUCAAGCUUUCCAACAAAAUACUAUCGUUACACAUAUUUCUCUAAAAUAACAAAAACAAACGCAAAUAAGUGGAAUUUUCCAAACCGCAAAAAAAGAAAAUCGUAUCUACCCAAACCACAAUCGCUAUCCACAAAGAAUAAAAAAUAUAUAAACGUAGUUUUAUCGUAAUAAAGUAAAAACAAAAAAAACAACCACAAUAACAAAUUGAGUUGAAGAAGAGCAUAACAUCAUCAAGAAAAUGCUAUCACAACACCGGUAUUGUUAGUUCAGGCUUGGCUUUUCCGUUUCCCUUUUUGUUAUUUGUGGUGCCAGCGUGUGUGUUUUUCGUAUACGUGUGUGUCUGUGUGUAGAAGUGUAUUGCAAAAAAAACCAAAAGGAAUAUCUAUCUUUUCUGGCUGACUGGCUGGUUGGCUGGCAAACAGCCUUAGCCUAGAGGUUAGACAUAUCUUUAUCCUCAAGUUAAACAUACACACACAACAAAAAUAUAUAACAAAAGAUUAUUACAUUUUUCUUUUGGCCAAACCAAAACAACAACAGUAACAGCAAAAAAAAAAAACUCAAAACGAAUACCAACAAUAACAACCUCAACAAAAUACCAACAACAACCAAAUAUGGAUCUACGCUUUAUAUUCAUUGUAUUUUUAUUAAAAUGGAAUUAUACACAAGGUUCUCAUCCGCCACGAAUAGUGGAACAUCCAAUUGACACAACCGUACCACGCCAUGAACCAGCGACGCUUAAUUGCAAAGCGGAAGGCUCGCCCAUACCCACAAUCCAAUGGUACAAAGACGGUGUAGCAUUGAAAAUUCUACCCGGUUCACAUCGGAUAACAUUGCCGGCAGGUGGAUUAUUUUUUCUUAAGGUGGUGAACUCACGUCGCGAAACGGAUGCGGGCGUGUAUUGGUGUGAAGCUAAAAAUGAACUGGGAGUUGCACGUUCACGUAAUGCGACACUACAAGUGGCUGUUUUACGUGAUGAAUUUCGUAUCGAACCACAAAAUACUCGCAUAGCUCAGGGCGAUACUGCCCUCUUGGAGUGUGCAGCACCACGUGGCGUGCCUGAACCUGUUGUGCUGUGGAAGAAAGGUGGCAACAUACUCGAUUUAGAAUCCACCAAGCGUAUACGUAUUGUCGAUGGUGGUAAUUUGGCCAUACAGGAUGCCCGACAAAGUGAUGAGGGUCAGUAUCAGUGUAUAGCAAAGAAUCCGGUAGGCAUACGAGAAUCCGCCAUUGCCACAUUAAAAGUUCAUGUGAAACCAUUUAUAAUACGUGGUCCCCAUGAUCAAACGGUCUUGGAAGGUUCAUCAGUUACAUUCCCAUGUCGUGUUGGCGGUGAUCCAAUGCCUGAUGUUUUAUGGCUGCGUACAGCUUCUGGCGGCAAUAUGCCAUUAGAUCGUGUCAGUGUCUUGGAAGAUCGCAGCCUGCGUUUGGAACGUGUUACUGUGGCCGAUGAGGGUGAAUAUAGCUGUGAAGCUGAUAAUAUUGUGGGGGCUAUUUCCGCCAUGGGUACCCUCACAGUAUACGCACCUCCCAAAUUUUUACAACGUCCCACUAGUAAUUCCGUAGAAUUGGGUGCCGACACUUCAUUCGAAUGUCGUGCUACCGGCAAUCCCCGUCCCACCAUAUUUUGGACCAUUAAAAAUAAUAGAACCAUCAUCUUCCCCGGUGCCCCACCACUGGACCGCUUCCAAUCGAUCAACACCGAAGAAGGCCACUCCAUCUUGACGUUGACGAAAUUUCAACGCAGUGACAAAGAUUUAGUUAUUGUCUGCAAUGCCAUGAACGAAGUGGCCACCAUAACCACAAGGGCACAAUUAACUUUGGACUCACAGGAAGACCGGCCACCGCCAAUCAUCAUAAUGGGACCGGUUAAUCAAACACUGCCCAUAAAAAGUUUGGCCACACUGCAUUGCAAGGCCAUCGGGCUGCCUAACCCCACCAUAUCGUGGUAUCGUGACGGCAUACCCAUCCAUCCGACGGCAAAAGUUAAUUUGACCACAGCAGGUGAUUUAAUAAUUUCCGAUUUAGAUAGGCAACAGGAUCAGGGUCUGUACACGUGUGUGGCCAGCAGUCGGACGGGCAAGAGCACAUGGAGCGGUUAUCUGCGCAUUGAAGUGCCCACAAAUCCCAACAUCAAAUUCUAUCGAGCACCUGAACAAAGUAAGUGUCCUUCAGCUCCUGGUCAACCGAAAGUAUUAAAUGCAAGUGCCGAUUCACUGACCAUCGUCUGGCCAACAAGUGAUAAGCCAGGAGCAUCGCCACUGCUGGGCUAUUCGGUGGAAAUGUAUUCGACGAAUAAAAGCAAAACAUGGAUACCGAUUGCAUCACGCCUGAUUGAACCUAUUUUCACAGUUGAUGGCUUGACAAAUGGUGCGGCAUACAUGUUUAUUGUGCGAGCCGAGAAUGCUUUGGGUUUUUCGCCACCCUCACCCAUAUCCGAACCGAUAACGGCCGGCCAGCUUGUAACCCGGGGUGUUCAUCGUGGUGCGGGCAGUCUCGGCGGUGCGGGUGGUGCCAAUGAAGAUUUGAUGUUUGCCGAAGUGGAAACUUUGUUACAAACCAACGACGUUGUCGAACUACUCGAAGCCAAUGCCACCGACUCGACCAGUGUCCGGUUGGCGUGGGACAUCGAUAGCGGCCAAUAUAUUGAAGGCUUUUAUAUUUACGCACGUGAACUACAUUCGGCCGAGUACAAAAUGAUGACAGUCUUGAAUGCGGGGAAUGGGGCAAGUGCUUGUACCGUUAAUGGCUUGGCUAAGGCGAGUAAAUAUGAGUUUUUUCUUGUGCCAUUUUACAAGAGCGUCAUAGGCAAGCCAUCAAAUUCGAAGCACUGCACAACAAUGGAAGAUGUUCCCGAAUCGCCACCACACGGCAUGGAAGCUAUACAAUUCAAUCGCACCUCGGUCUUUUUGAAAUGGCAGCCACCGUAUCCCAACAGGACUCGCAAUGGCAUCCUUACCAACUACAAUGUGAUUGUCAAAGGACUUGAUGCUCACAAUACAACACGCAUCUAUAAAAAUAUGACAAUUGAUGCCAGCUCACCGACAUUGCUGUUGGCCAAUCUGACUACAGGUGUUACCUAUUACAUUGCCGUUGCUGCCGCCACUCGUGUCGGCGUGGGUCCAUUCAGUAAGCCGGCUGUAUUGCGUAUGGAUCCGAGAACACAGUCAUUGGAUACAGGCUAUACAAGAUAUCCCAUCAAUCGUGAUAUUGCUGAUGAUUUUUUAACGCAGACGUGGUUUAUCGUUUUACUGGGCUCCAUAAUCGCUAUUAUAGUUUUUCUAUUUGGUGCAUUGGUGUUAUUUAAACGAUAUCAGUUCAUCAAACAAACAUCGUUGGGGAGUUUACAUGGAAAUCACGCAAUCGGCGCCGUAAGGAAAUUCCCCACAUUACCCCUAAAUGCCAAUGGUGUUUGGAUCGACCCAACAGGCGGUGUUUGGCGUCAAGCCAACAACAGCACAACGAACUGUACCACAAAGGAACAAUUGCCAGAUUACGCACAAGUUACGGGACAGGCCUCAUCACAGUCCCACCACAGUCAUCAACAAAAUCAGCCCAACAACAUGCCAUUGCCGGAUUAUGAAAGACUUACACCACUAAACAUGCCGGAUUAUGCUGAAGUUGCAUGUUCAACAUUUAAAACUCCAAAUGGCGGAAGUGCACAUGCAACCCUGCUGCAGCAGCAACAGCAGCAGCUACUUGCGGCGGCCAACAAUAAGGCCUAUCAACAGCAGCAGCAGCAACAACAGCAAUCACUUUAUGAUAGUUGUGGUGCCUAUGCAACAACAAAUCUUGUGGCCAAUGCCAAAUUAUAUCAGAAUCGAGGAAACGGAAAUAGCGCCACAGCAACAUCCUCCCUCAAAGCCAGCCAGCCAGGGGGUGGGCCAGGUGAUAUUUUGGAUGGACUACGCGGCGGAAAUGAACAAAAAUUAUUGUCCUCAUCAACAAUGCGCUCCAACAACAACGAUGAUUAUCGCUCCACCAUGGGCAGUAUUACAUCCAGCCUCUAUUCAGCACCACCUAGCAAUCAUUACUCAAUGGGAGGCGGUGGUGGUGGCAACGGCAGUAUAAUGGGUAUGGAUAACAAUGCCUUUGGCAACAAUCUGUUAUCGACAUUGCCCGAUAAAAUGACAGCCAGUACAGCAUCCACGGCCAUUUUGUCGGCCUCCCCAUCAAAAUCAGUAUCGACAUCAUCACAGCAGAAAAAAUCCACAGCAACCUCUUCAUCGACAUCAUCCGCGUCCUCGUCGAAUGCGGCAACGGGCAAUAAAAUCAACAUUACCGAGAACCGUUUUGAUUUGAUGAACAAUGAGCCAUUGCAACCGACACGUUUAAAUCCUUUUAAUACGAACAGCAUGCAAUCACAAAGUCAACGGCAACAACAACAGCAGCAGCAGCAACAAUUGCAACAACAACAAUUACUGGUGGCCAGCAAUGCUUUGAAGCAAGGCCUCGGUGCCUAUGCCAACACAACACUGGCCACACAAAUGAUCAAUGGCGGGGGUGCUGGCACUCUACGCCGGCCACGUAAUCCGAAAAUGUUCAAAAGCGAGAAUAACAUUAAUUUCGGUAGCCUCUACAAGAAUAAUGGCUCACUGGCCAAUAAUAAGUCUGGUCAACAGCAACAACAACAGCAGCAACAUGGCAGCCAAACCGGUUCCCAUUUGGAUUUUCUGACCAACAGCCAUGCGGACACAUUCAAUGACAAUGAUUUUUCACUGAUAAGUAACUCGACCAAUCAGCUGCUCAAUGAUUGGGCUUCUAGCUCUUCGAUUGCGGCCAGUGAUUAUCAUCAUUUUGGCAGUAAGCAACCCAAUAAACAGCAUUUAUACAUCAAAUCAAAAGAUGGUACCUGGUCGGCCGUGUCCUCGGAUGCCUAUCAGGCAUUUCGACAGCAGCAGCAACAACAACAGCACCAGCAGCCUCCACCAUCGUAUGCCCAUGCAGCAGGUGAUAAACUAUUACAACCCUCAACCAGUUAUAAUAGCCCCUCCAACAAUUCCACCACCAACAACACAACAAAUUCCUCCGCAAAUCCCCCAAAUAGCUGUAGCCAAAAUCUCAGCUGUAGUAGCUCAAAUUUAGAUGCCGCCAUUACCACCACCAAUAAUACCACAGCAAAACCAACAACAAUAACCACCAGCACCACCGCUAGCGAUAAUUUAUUAAAUAAUCAUAAUACGAAUAAAUAUUUUAGUAGUUUUGGUCCUUCGGCCAAUGUGUAAGUUAUGUAUUAAUCAAGCCACCACCUACUCCUACUCCUUCUUCUCCUCCUCCACCCCCUCCUCUAACCCAUAAAAUAAUGCAAAAAAAACGAGAAAAGCAAAAGAUUGAAAUGUAUUUAUUAUCCAUGAAAAAGAAAGAAAAAAAAACGAAAUUAUAGCUAAGUUAAUGGUCCUAGGAUCGAUGCAAGGAAUUAAUCAUUAGCCAUAAAAAAGAGAACAAAAAAUAAAAUAAAACUCUCUCAAAAUAAUGCAAAUAUUCCACUAUCAACAUCACCACCAUCACCACCUCCUACUGAAGCCUCCUAAAUGCAGUAAUAAAGAAAGAAAAAAACGAAACUCAUAAAAAACUUACAGUCGAAUAUGGCUAAAAUGGAAAAUUGGGGGGAAAGAAGGGCAGGACUCAUAAGGCUACAGACUACCCUAAUAUUAAGAAUUUCGAAGUUAAAAGUAGGAUAUCCUUAAAAAAACUUGGCAUUUGAAAAAAUUUAGUUGCAACUCAGGACAUGCAUAACCGUCAGUUUCAGGAGGGAUAUCAUGAACAAUAGAUGUUUAGAACCUCCGCCUAAGGACUUCAUAUGGUACACUUUAUAUCUUCAAUUAUAACUCUUGUCGAAAUAACGUCUUUCGUCCACAAAUUUCUCUGAACGAAUUUCCUUCAGGAAGUUAAUAAUUGCUUCCCAAGUAUAACUCUCUCACCACUACUAAUACAUAUAUUGUGAGCAAGGCUAUCUUGGGUCCAUCGGCUUUCCUGUCUGACGCGCAGAAUAAUUCUCGAAUGGGCUACUGGACUACACAUGGUACACAUUACCCUAUAUCUUUAAAAACGACUUUCAUCGAAAUAACGGCUUUCGUUCCAAAAUCUCUCUGUACAAAGUUUCAUUCUGGACUUUUUGUUUGCAGCCAAAUGUCCUCGUGCGUCAGCUAUGAGCAGCCUCGAACGAAAAAGUGUAAACAAAUCACACGUAUUCUCUCUCAAAUUACAUUUGCCAUUUAUUUGGUAGGCCAAGAGAGUCUAUCAUCACUAUUAAUACAUAUAUUGUGAGUAAGGCUGUCGUAGGUCCAUCGGUUCUCCUGUAUGGCGCAGAGAAUAACUCUCAAAAGGAGUAUCCGAAUUGGCCCAAACUUUGUUUGUUCAUAUUCCAAAAUGGGCAAUACAAGUCAACUCCUUUGGAAUAUUUUCACAGGGAAGAUUAAGAAGCAAAUAAGUAAGUUCGGACUGGCCGAACUUUGAAUACCCUCCAGCAUUUGGAAAUAAUUUGCGAGUUAAAAAAGAUCUUUUAAAAAAGGCUGUUUAGAUUAUAAAAAUAUGGAAUAUAGGGGGUUAGCCUAUACGAAGAGGUGCAUAUGCAAUUACGAUAUACAAGUACGAAAUUUGAAACAAUUCCGGUGAAUUUUGUCCCUAAAAUCAUCAAAACACCGAAUAUUGGGAGGUACCGUUAUAUGGGGCCUAUACGAAAACGUGGACCUUUGUAAGCACUUUUCUGGCAUGGGAUAUAGCACUUAUUAGGAAUUUUUAAUUUCAAAUUUGAAACAUUUCCGUUGAAAAGAUAUUAAAAUGCGAAAAUCUGAAGGUACAUAAUGGAAACACAUGCUGCCAAUUUACAACAAAUUCGGGUUAAAAUAUGUCUAAAAACCCAAAAUACCGUUAGGCUGUCAGUGCAGGUUUAUUGCGAAAAUAUCACCCUCAUCGCUCCAAGAUAUAUUUCUUUCAAUUAUUGGCUUCGUCCGUAUCUAUUAUUCAUUCCUCAUUACAAUAACAGGUACUCCGUUGAAAUAUUGUCCUGAAUCCUAAUUUUACGGCACAUGUUAAAAAGGACGUCUUUGAGACAUGUUGCAAACUAAGUUGUGUCAGAUUAAUCCAACUUUUUGCCCUACCCCUCCGUUUUACCCAUGUUCGACUGUAAUCACUUUUUCGUAAACGAAACGAACACUAUGUACAGUAUAAUUGUGAUCUUUUGAAGUUUAA